AAUCGAAGCAAGCGGCGGCCUCUGCCAUCACGCAAAGAUCGACAGCGAAGCGAUGUUCACUGUGUCUUCAUUGUCGCUUUUCUUCUUCUUCACUCCAUUUUCAAUCGAAGAGAAGAUCGACACUCGAUUGUUUUGCACCAGAAGCACGCAGCAUAGCGGCUACAGUCUGUAUCAUGACUAGUUCUUCUACUGGUCCUCCGCUGAUUCUCUCCCCCGAGGUUUUCCGAGCCAGAUUCGCCAUCCUUCGCAAGCACUAUGAACGAAAUGGCCAUUGUCGCGGUGUAAAGAAUGGUAGGAUUACUGACUUUACUUCCAUGGUCCGAAGUGGAACGAUCCAGUUGGCCCCAUGGCAACGCGGUGCCUUAGAGUCGAUCGAGUUUGACUUUGAGACCCACCGGCAAAAGGCGGAAUGGUUGGCAACCUUCUACAUGCUCUCCCACUUGCUCCGAAUGGGUCACACUAUCGAUGACAAGAUGAAACAGUGGAUCCACACGCAAAAACUUCGUCACCUCCACAACAAGUUGUCGAAAGAUCGAGUGGCUCUCCUCAACAACAUCCACUUUGAUUCAAUCCCGCAUAUGCUGCAGGAUGUCGUGGAAGAACCCCGUAACAGCUCGGACAAUACAGGCAUUUUUCUCGGAACCACACCCUGCCACUCAGGCAGUCCAACCGGCGCCACAACCAGCUUGCCCGCUCAAAGUCCAUUCGGGGCAGCUCAUGUCAUUCCACGGGAAAAGCGGACCGCAUGGGACUCGUAUUUCCAGGCUCUUCGCACGAACAUCGCCGCCGACCUGGUGGACGCCGACCUGCGAACUUGGAUUCGCGAGCAACAGGUCAACUACCAUAGUCUCACCGAGUACCGUCGCGAACGAUUGAAAGAGAUUGGAUUGGGUUCCUCCGAUCACGAGGACAAGUUGCAACGGAAACGAACCAAAGGAAUGAAUCAGCGGACUCUCUACUGGGACGACAUGUGGGAAGACUUGAAGGCGUGUCGUGAUCACCAUGGUAACGAUUGGUUGUCGACUGUUCCGGAAGAACUCGGCAAGUGGUUGCGACGACAGCGACUCUUGUUGGACUCGGAUCAACUGUCGGAUGCCCGGCAAGCCAAGUUGGCGUCCAUUGGCAUUGUUCCAAUAUACGAGGAGGGCGUGUCGGCGUUGGCAACCAAGAAGUCUCAUGAUCCUCUCACAAUGACUGCGCCCCACCAGGGUAUCCGUCGAGUGAGCUUGUACUGAGCGAAGAACAAUAGAAAACGAGAAACGAGAGAGAUACAGAGGCAGGGAACACACGAACGAAC